AUGGCAGAGGCCAGUAUUUCAGUAGGUCAGGACCAGUUCAUGUGUCCAGUCUGUCUGGAUCUCCUUAAGGAUCCUGUGACUAUUCCCUGUGGACACAGUUACUGUAUGGGCUGUAUUAAGGGCUGCUGGGAUCAGGAUGAUCAGAAGGGAGUCUACAGCUGCCCCCAGUGCAGACAUACCUUCAGUCCAAGACCAGUUCUAUAUAAAAACACUAUGCUGGCUGAAGUGGUGGAGAAACUGAAGAAGACAAGACUCCAAGCUGCUGCUCCUCCUGCUCACUGUUAUGUUGGACCUGGAGAUGUGGAGUGUGGUGUUUGUACUGGGAGAAAACUCAAAGCCAUCAAGUCCUGUCUGGUGUGUCUAGAUUCCUACUGUCAAACUCACUUUGAACGUCAUGAAGAACUGUUCAAAAGGAAGAGACACAAUGUGACUGACGCCACCGGAAAACUACAAGACCAGAUUUGCCCUCAUCAUAACGAACUGAUUAAGCUGUGGUGUCAAACCGACCAACAGUUCAUGUGUUAUCUGUGUAUGGUGGAUGGACACAGAGAGCAUAAAACAGUAUCAGUGGCAGCAAAGAGGACUGAAAGACAGAAACAGGUGGGAGAAAGUCAGAGGAAAACCCAGCAGAGAAUCCAGGAGAGAGAGAAGGAGGUGCAGGAGCUGAGACAGGCUGUGGAGUCUCUGAGGCGCUCUGCACAGGCAGCAGUGGAGGACAGUGAGAGGAUCUUUACUGAGCUGAUCCGCUCCAUUGAGAGAAGGUGCCGUGAGGUGACAGAGCUGAUCAGAGAUCAGGAGAAGAGUGAAUUGAGUCAGGCUGAAGGAGUCCUGGAGCGACUGGAGCAGGACAUUGCUGAUCUGAGGAGGAGAGACACUGAGCUGGAGCAGCUUUCACACACAGAGGAUCACAUCCAUUUCCUCCAGAGUUUCUCAUCUCUGUGUUCCUUUCCUGGAUCUGAAGACUUACCCAGCAUCACUGUCAGUCCACACCUCUCUUUUGAGGAUGUAGGAAAAUCUGUCUCUCAGCUGAAAGAGCAACUGGAGGAUUUAUGUAAGGAGGAGUUUGGAAGAGUUUCCAGUGAAGUGACAAACACUGAGAUCAUUCCUCUCCCUGAACCCAAAACCAGAGAGCAGUUCUUACAAUAUUCCUGUGAUCUCACACUGGAUCCCAACACAGCACAUAAACGCCUCUGUCUGUCUGAGGGGAACAGAGUGGUGACAUGCAGUCGCCUAUCUAGCUCACAAACUAGAAUCAGGGCGCCCACUCUGAUAAGAUUAACUGACCCAUACGGUGACAUAAUAUCAUUGACGUGA